AUCAGCAGGUAACAGCCUCCACCCUGCAGCGGCAUCAGGAAGCUCAGCAGAGUUUGAGCAGCAGCAGAGACAAACAGUCGACCCUCCGCUCACCUGAACAGUGUAACCAUGAGGUGGCGCUCUCUUCCCCUCCUCCUCCUCCUCCUCGUCUCCUUCCUCCUCGUCUGCAGAGCUAAAAGAUCAGAGUUCAGGAUCUGUGCGUACACUCUGCAGAGAUUCAACUCGGAGAAGGCGUCUGACUCCAGACUGAUGCACACUCUGACGCGGAUUGUGUCUCGCUGUGACAUCACUCUCCUGCAGGAAGUGAUGGAUCCGGACGGUAAAGCCAUCAGAUCUCUGCUGGCGUCCCUCAACAGGUACAGUGAAAGGGAUAUUGACAGGUACGAGGACUACAACUACAAGGUGGUGUCCAGUAAGAGUCUGGGAACAUCUGCCAACAACAUGCAGCAGUACGUCUUCAUCUACAGGACAGACACGGUGAGCGUGCUCGGGGAGCAUCAGUACAAGAAGACACAAUCGUUCACCAGGGAGCCGUUCGCUGUUCACUUCCAGAGUCAGAGAACAGCGAUAAAGGAGUUUAUUCUGGUUCCUUUGCACUCGGAGCCCACACGGGCGGUGCAGGAGAUCGACCGACUCUACGACGUCUUUGUGGAGGUCAGCAAGAAGUGGAAGAACACGAAUGUGAUGUUCCUGGGAGGUUUCUACGCCAGCUGCGCCUACAUGAACCGACAAGACAGGAAAAAGAUCCGACUGCUCCAGACCAAGUUCUCCUGGCUGAUCGCAGACAGAGUGGACACGACCGUCACCGACAUGACCAGCUGUGCUUACGACAGGAUCGUGGUGCACGGUCAACCCUUCCUGAGGGGGGUCAAAGCGUACUCUGCGAAAGUGUUCAACUUUGGCAAAGACUUAAAAAUCCCCCGAACUAAGGUGGUGGAGAUAAGCGACCACUACCCUGUGGAGGUUAUACUGCAGAGCUCCGCCCUCCUCCUUCAGGCCACGCCCUUCCUGAGCCUCCUCUUCAUUUGCACAGUCGUCCAAUCCUUCCUAUCCGCUCUGUGAUCGUCUGGUCGGGUCUGCUCACCUGAACUCUGAUUAAUCUAUCGAUCAGGUUUCACUCAACACGAGUCGGAAAGUCACAUGACUAGUGAUUAAAAGUCCAAAUAACUUUGAAGUUUUUUUUAAAUGUCUCUAUUUGAACUUGAAUGACUUGAAUUUGGCGCCCCCUUGUGGACAAAGUGUUCCCUCUGAAGCCCAGCGCACUCUGUACGACUGUAUCGUUAAACGAUGUACGAGCUAAGAUCACGAUCACGCUGUGCGAGUUAAAUCAGAACGGAGCGUUCACAAGUUUCACAGAGGAUGACGUCAGAUGCUUCAUUCUGUUUCUCUAUUUGAACUGUAAGAACGAGAUGUUUACAUGAACAGACAAUAAUAAUCUUUAUUAUGUUUCAUGACAACAUGGAGACCUGGACCAUCACACGAAGCUGUCCCCCCAUCAGAGGACUUUUGUACAAACUGUAGAUUCAAAAACUCUGAAUAUUCAUGUUUUUAUCUUCUUCUCAUCUGUUGGUUGUUUGUGUCUUCAUAUAUCCAGUAAAGUUUUGUAUAUUAAACAUUAAAAAGCUUUUUUCAUUA